AUGGAGAAUGUUUUAGAAAAACAAUUGUUGAAAGUUGCAGAAACAAUUGAACAAAAACUUGAUCAAGAAAUACAGCGACUUGAUGAGUUAGAUUUAGAUAGUAUUGAAAACAUAAGAGAACACCGAUUACAACAAAUGAAAAAAAUGAUUAAACAAAAAGAAGAGUGGAUGGCAAAAGUAAAAAUUAUUUUAUUUUUUAAAAUUUAUUGAAAACAAAAAUAUAAUAGCAUAAUACCAUUGAUUAAUAUUAACAUAAUAACUAAUUCCUUUAUUGGAAAUAUGACUUAUAGGGGCAUGGGGAAUAUGAAGAAUUAAGUGAUGAGAAAAAUUUCUUUGAAAAGUCAAAGCUAAGUCCAAAUAUGGUGUUACAUUUUUAUAAAGAUGGUUCAACUCGAUGCAAGAUAGUUGAUCAUCAUUUAAAAAUAUUAUGCACACAACACUUAGAAACACGGUUCUGUAAAUUAAAUGUUACACGUUUUCCAUUCCUUACUGAACGCAUGAAAAUUCGUGUUAUACCAACUAUUGUAUCUGUAGUUGACAGUGUAUCCAAAGACUUUAUUGUUGGUUUUACUGACUUAGGUAAUUGUGAUGAUUUUUCAACAGAAAUGUUGGAGUGGCGUUUAGCACGAUCACAAGUAAUUGACUACAAGGGUGACUUGAUUAAUCCACCAGAUGUAGUCAAAAACAAUAAAACAAUGUUGUUAGAAAAAAACAAGACAAUCAGAGGUUAUAUAGGAAAUGAUUCAGAUGGUUUAGAUUCAGAUUGA